AUGGAGUGGGGUCAAUCUUAUUCUUAUGAACUCUUACAGUCUUGUGAUUUUACCUAUUGGAUCGAAGUAUACUAGAAAAGUAAUUUAAGAGAGCAAGGACGCAAUAUAAUUUAAAAUUUUCAUUUCAUUUGGGAAGGGGUUUCAUUCAACUCGCCGAGUUUGAAGAGUUCAUCGCAUCAGUCACACAGUGAAUCCGCAAACAAAAUCAAUCGUUGUCAUCACAUAGAAAAAAAUUAUUUCUUUCAAUUUUCUUUUUUUUGUUUUUGUUUUUUAAAAUGACAAUAAUGUGGACAUUAAUAGGAAUAAUUUUUUUUAUUAUACUAACAAUAGUGAUAUAUAUGUCACGAAAUUUUUAUUAUUGGAGAAAAUUAGGUGUCACACAAAUAACACCUUAUCCAUUCUUUGGAAAUUUUGCAGAUUAUUUUUUUAAAAGUCAAUCACCGGGAGAUAUUGUAAAAAAAUUUUAUAAUCAAUACAAAAAUAAACCAUAUGUGGGUAUUUAUAUUGUGGAUAAGCCCACAUUAUUAUUGAUUGAUCCAAAAAUUAUUAAAUCAAUUCUUGCGACAAAUUUUCAUGAAUUUUCUGAUAAAUUUAUGAAAUCAAGUAAACAUGAUCCAUUGAGUAAUAGAAGUUUGCCAUUUUUAUCUCAUUUUGAAUGGAAUAAAUUGAGAAAAAAAUUAAGUCCAGCAUUUACACCAAAAAAAAUAAGAGCCGAUUUUAAUUAUUUAAUUGAAGUUACAAAUGAUUUAGACGAAUAUUUGGACUCAUUGAAUUUAGAAAUUGGAAAAACAAUCAAUAUAAAAGAAAUUUGUGCAAAAUAUACAACUGAUAUAAUUGGAUUAAUUUGUUUUGGAUUAAAAUUGAAUAGUCUAAAAAAUGAUGAUGCAGAAUUUCGAAAAUUUGGAAAAAUGAUGUUCGGAGAUUUUACACUUUGGCGUUCAUUUGAAUUGACGGCAAUUUAUUUGACUCCAUCGUAUAUAAAAGAUUUUUUUGAUUGUCGUUUUUUUGAAAAGAAAAGUGGUGAAUUUUUUGCAAAAGAAUUUAAAAAAAUCAUAGAAAGUAGAGAAGAAUCAGGUAUAAAUAGAAAUGAUUUAUUGGAUAUUUUAAUUGAAAUAAAAAAUGAGGAACGCUUAGAAUUGAACGAUAUUAUUGCACAGGCAAUUGUUUUAUUUACCGCUGGAUUCGAUACGACAUCUACAUUAAUGUCAUUUACUUUAUUCGAAUUGGCAUCGAAUAUAGAAAUCCAAAAAAAAUUAAGAAAAGAAAUAGAGGAAAAUUUAAAGAAAACGAAUGGAGUGAUAACUUACGAUAUGGUAAUGUCGUUACGAUUUUUGGACAGUGUUAUUUGUGAAACAUUACGCUUACAUCCAACUGUUCCCACUAUUGAUAGAACAGCAACUAAAGAUUUUAUCAUUCAAGAAACGGGAUUAAAAAUUGAAAAAGAUACACCCAUAAUGAUUUCAUUAACGGGUCUUCAUUAUGAUAAAAAUUAUUUUAAAAAUCCGGAAAUUUUUGAUCCAAAAAAUUUUGAAAAAUCAGAAAAUUUAACUGGUCCACCAUAUAUGCCAUUUGGCAUUGGCCCACGAAUGUGUCCUGCAUUUCAUCAGGGUCGAACCCUUGCAAAAUAUGGAAUAAUUCAUUUAAUAUCGAAGUAUUUCAUAACUUUAUCAACUGAAAGUUCAGUAAAAGUAGAUCAUAGGGUUUAUUUUACGUCAGGCAAAGAGGGUUUAUACCUUCAGUUACAAAAAAUUGACUCAAACAUGGAUUAAUUUUUUCAAAAAAAAGUAACAAUUUUUUUUUUUUUGCAAUUUAACUAGUUUUAGUUUUAGUCAAUCCAUUAAAUUUAAUUUCAUUUUGUACUUUUUUUUUUUAAAUUUCUAUAGCUAACAUAAAAAUAGAACUUUGCAAUUUUUUUUUUUUGUAAUAAUUUUUUCUGUUCCUAAUUUAAGAAAAUGUGCAAAAAAAACCUCAUUUUUUGACGUCAUUGAACUUCAAAAUGUUUAUGAUCAAUAUUGGAAAAAAAGAAAUAUUACUUGCAUAAUAUAAUGAAAAUU